AUGUUGACUCGAGCUGUCGUAAGGAGCCAGGCGGUUCGCAACUCCGGCGCCUCCGUCGAAGGAUACGUCAAGCAGACCCCAUCCGAGAAGUUGAACACUCAAGCUCGAGCCGACUAUGCCAGAGCCAACUCUCGUCUUCGAGUCCUCACCUUGUACAAAGCAUUCUACAGAGCCGCCCCAGAGAUCCUCGUCUUGAACAAAUCUUCUAUUCCCGUCAAUGUCUACCGACAAGUUAUCAAAAACGAAUUCGCCAAAAACAGUAACAUUUCUGACACUCGCGCGAUCGAGUUGCUCCUCGGCAAAGGCCAGAUGGAUUUCCAGGAGUUGGUUGUCGGCUAUUCUCAGGAAUCGCAAAUGCACCGACCCUUCGAUGAGCUCCUUCAAAACGAUCCUAAAGCGACUGAUUUUGUGUCCAAAUUCUUGAACUCGAAGUUUUAA